CCGUAUAAAUGCUAUUUCCAGGAAAACUUUAGCCAUGCAAAAAAACACACAGAUCAUACCAGAAACAAAAACAAAAAAUAACCAACAUAACCGAUCGAUCAUGGAUGGGGACAGGACAAAGAGCAAGGAUGGAGGAGAAGAGGUCAAGUAUAGAGGUGUCCGGAAGAGGCCAUGGGGUAAAUUCGCGGCGGAGAUACGAGAUUCAACCAGGCACGGAGCGAGGGUGUGGCUGGGGACGUUUGACACGGCGGAGGAGGCAGCAAGAGCAUAUGACAAGGCAGCUUAUGCAAUGAGAGGGCACUUGGCCAUUCUCAAUUUUUCUAACGAGUAUCCCAAUAUGGCCGGCCAUGCAAGUGUUGGUUCCAGUAGUUCCACUCCUUAUUUCUCUUCUGGUUAUUCAGGUUCUUCUUCCUCUUCACCAUCAAUGCUGCGAGAAGUGUUUGAGUUCGAAUGCUUGGAUGAUAAGUUGCUUGAGGAGAUGCUUGAGCAAGAAGAGAAAAAGAGUAAGAAAAAUUAAAAAAGUGAUGCUGACAUAAAUAUGUAUUUUAUCUGGCAUGAGCAGUCUCUUUAGUACUGCAUUUCUCUGUUCCCUGAUAGAAUCAGAAAAUAAAAUGUUGCCUGCGACUUGCUAAUUAUGAAGUAAUGUUCAAUAUAGCCAGCUGUGAGACUGGAGAUCAUAGCAUAAGACACCAUCAAAUAUAAAGUAUAAACAUUGAUCACGUU